AUGGCAGAUACUAGUCAAUUGGACCUUAAAGAAAUACAUGAGUUUGCCUUCGAUGUGGCAGAAAGAGCUGGUAAGAUGUUGGUGGCUGCAUCACAAAAUAGAACAGCCGAUGAGAAUAUAAGAUUGAAGAAGAAUACCGUAGAUAUAGUCACUGAGACCGAUGAAGAGGUAGAAAAGUUUAUCAAAACUGAAAUUAAUAACAGAUAUCCAGAACAUAAGUUCAUUGGGGAAGAGACAUAUUCCGCAGGUAAAUCAAAGAAAUAUCUUGUCGAUGAUGACCCAACAUGGAUUGUAGAUCCUUUAGAUGGAACAGUGAACUAUGUACAUUUAUUUCCUAUGAUCUGUGUAUCAAUUGGGUUUGCAGUUGGAGGAAAAUCUGUUGUGGGUGUUGUACAUGCUCCGUUUUUGAGCCAGACGUAUUCUGCAUACCCAGGAGGGGGUGCAUGGCUUAACAAGCUGAUCCAGCUCCCAUUGCAGAACCUCCCGAUGCCUGAAAAUGCCCCCAAGGGGUGUAUCUUCCUGUGUGAAUGGGGAAAGGACAGAAGAUAUGCUCCAGGACUGAAUCUUCAGCGCAAGGUUGAUUCGUUCAUCAACAUGGCCACUGACUACUGUCACGGUGUUAGAAGUUUAGGGAGUGCCAGUUUGGAUUUGUGUUUUGUUGCGACCGGAGCAUUCGACAUAUGGUGGGAAGGUGGAUGCUGGGAAUGGGAUGUGGCUGGCGCAGUUGCCAUCUUAAAUGAAGCAAAAGGGUUAGUUACUACAGGAAACCCACCUGAAAACCCAGAUGUGAUUCCCGAGGUUGAAUUGGGCUCAAGAUUGUAUUUGGCUGUUAGACCGUGCCAAGGAACUGACACGGAAACCCCCAGACAAAGUCAAGAGAGGGUGAUCCGUCAAGUAUGGAAAAGAGUAAAUACUUUAGACUACGUUCGCCCACAGUAA